UCAAUGUCAGCAUUUCUUAAAAUGGUUUUGGAAGAUGACAAAGGUGUGAAAGCUGUGCCCCUCAAUAAAAAUACUGUUAGCAGGAGAAUAGACGAAAUGAGUGAAGAUAUUCAAAUACAACUUGUUGACAAGUUUAAAACAAGAAAAGUGUCAGUGUAAUGGAUUAAUCAACUUUGAGAGACAGCGCGGCCGUAUUGAUAACUUACGUAAGAUAUAUUGAUAAAGGGUAUUUUGCUCACAAAAAUUUGUUCUGUAAAUUAUUAGAAAGCACCACUGCCGCCAAAGAUAUA